UUUUAUAUCAUCCAUUCUAUUUUCUACGCUUUAGAGAGAUGUUUCCCAGCUCGAGUUGCACCAAUUUUAAACCGACCCGUUGAACAACGGUUCACCGAUUUCAAUCCUUUCAAAACCAAAGCUAUUUUGAAAUUCCUAAAAAUUCAAAAGGUUUAGGAAAUUCAAUUUAGGGAAAGAAAUGUUAGAAUUGAAAUCGAUCUCAAAAAUUCCUCCCAAGAUCAUCUCUAAUUUUUUGUUAAUUUGCCUAGCGUGGCAUCUGAUCAUACUUGAGCUAGGCUCCACUGUAUCAGCCAUCAGGAAAGAUGUGAGCCUUCAGGAGAAUCGUCAUUGCAGAACUACAGUUCAAGGAAGAUACUUACUCUCUGACGAUAAUGGUCAUGUAUGUGAUGCACUCUCAGUUGAUCCAAAGUCCAGAUGCUGUCCUAUCAGAGGAGAGCAAUUCUCUUGUCAUGGCUGCAACCUUGUUUCACAAUGCUGUAACUCUUAUGAAUAUUGUGUUUCGUGCUGCCUCAAUCCAGCUCGGACACAAAAGGAUCUGGUGUUGAAGCUUAAGAUAGCAAAGCCAGUAAGUGCAGGAACCUACUCAAGCAUUUUUGAUUAUUGUGCUGGGAGGUGUCGCCAUAAUUCAGAGAGUGUAGUCCAUGAGAAUGCGUAUCUAAGUGAUUUUCAUCAUUGUUUCUCUCUACCAUCUAAUUCUUCUGGGGAUUCAGACGUGCAAAUAGAAGCAAGACUGGUUGGCAUAAAGAUCAUUGCCGGAAGGCAAGGGGAAUCAUGUGACUCAGUAUGCAAGUCAAACGGACAAUCUUGUGUGCCCAACAAGUUAGCUCUACUUAACCAGUGCCAGAUCAUGCAGAAGUACUUUAGCUGCAAAGGAUCAUGUUUGGCGAGUAUUGGAGCUGAUCAACCUGCUGAAGUAGUUGAUGAUGCUCCAAAUGAUCUGAACCCAGGAGCAUGCUUGUACACAGAAAAACAAUCAAUUCUUUCUUGUGAUGGUUCGCAUCAGCAUACGAGGAGGCUUUGCCCCUGUGCAUAGCAUGUUUGGAAAAGGAACCUUCUCAUCUUCAAUGCUCGCGUAUGUCAAUUGUUUAUUUCUUUUUGAUGGAGGAAGAGCUUGCAGGAAAUCAUUAGUUAAUUUACAGCUUCCAGCUUGUUGGGAGGAAAGAAAUUGAGCUCCAAAACCUCUAGGAUUGUUAAUGCUGUUCCAUUUUUCUUUUUGAUUAAUUUGGGGAAGCAAAAGUUGGGCAGCUUAGUCUUUGAGAAUAGGCCGUUCCUCAUAUUCAUUUCUUCCGUUUGGCAUGUUAGUGUCUUAUUAAUCUAGCCAGCUUUUAAACCGAAAGCUCUGUGGCUACUAUUCUGCUCCAUUCAAUGGUAUUGGUGUGAUUGGCUGUAGAUUUCAGGUUCUAGAUGGAUCUCUGUCAACCUAAACAGGAGGAGGAGUGAUUUAAAUCUUCUCCCUUGAUUGCUCUGUUUGAUCCUUGUUAUUGAAAUAAUUUGCGCUGUUAACAUUAUCAUCU